UAAAGUCUUAUUAUAGUCUAAUAGUUUGCUUGCAGAUAUCGUCCGAUUGGCAGUCCUACUCUAUUCACCACGCAGCUGAAGCUUCCAUUGGAGACUGUGCACUUUAAACAGAGAAGCUCUGCUAUCUGGAGGAGUUUCUUUUUAUUUGACAGGGUCAAGAGACUAAAGCUAAACAGCGGACUCCACACUUUAUAACACAUGGCAGAGCCCAACUUCCCCCCACUGCCGGGAUUCAUUCCACUCAAGCCAUGCUUCUACCAGGACUUUGAGGAGAUCCCUGAGCAGCACCGCAGCAUGUGCAAGAAAAUGUACAACCUGUGGAUAUUGAACAGUGCUACUCUUGCGGUGAAUCUCAUUGGCUGCUUUGCUUGGAUGUUUGGUGGAGGGGGUGUGACCAACUUUGGACUGGCUAUCAUCUGGCUCCUCAUGUUCACGCCUUGCUCGUAUGUCUGUUGGUUCAGGCCAAUCUACAAGGCCUUCAAGAGUGACAGCUCUUUCAACUUCAUGCAGUUCUUUUUUGUGUUCAUGGCCCAAGUAGGCAUCAGCAUCAUCCAAAGCAUAGGCAUUCCUGGUUGGGGAGUAUGUGGUUGGUUGGCUACCAUCUCCUUCUUCAGCUAUAAUAUUUUCAUUGCACUGAUCAUGUUGGUACCUACUAUCAUGUUCACUGCUGUGGCCUCACUGUCCUUUAUUGCCCUCACCAGGAUCCAUAAUUUCUACCGUGGCAGUGGGGGCAGCAUGUCCAAAGCUCAGGAGGAAUGGGCCACAGGAACCUGGAAGAACCCUCAUGUCCAGGCAGCGGCCCAGCAGGCAGUGAUAGGGGCAGCUUCUGGAACCAUGCAGGAUCAUUCCCACUCCCCCAGCCCACAAUAUAACGACAACCAGAUGUAGCCUCUUCGAGACAGAGGUGUCAAGGAAACAGUUAUGCCAAAGUUUGAGCAACAGGGUUAGGAAGACUUUAACAUCUCCCACAAUAUUGUUGAUUAUUAAGUUAAAAAAUGAAACAACACUUACAUUUUAACAUUCAGUUUUUACAUUCAGGCCAAAUCACUGAUUCAGCAGAAUUAUCAGUGAUUUCAAGUAAUUUCAUCAUUUGGGAAACAAAUAGUUGGGAAACAAAUAGCUCUGAGCAUCUGUGGGAAGCGGGUUUUCGCCUUCCUGUAUUAAGGGGCAUGCUGAUAUCUGUAGUGUUUUAUAUAAUUUCACAUGUCUGUUUGUUUUCUGUUCUGGAGGUUGAAAUGAAAGUAGUUUUGAAUGUGUAUUACUUUAGUGGCUAUAUGAGAGCUGCGUGCUAAUGUACUCUUUGUGUUGACCUGCAGUUUUAGCAAUUUUUACAAAA